AUGCCAAUUCAAACAAUACGUGCAGGUAACGUGGGACAACAUAAGGGAAAAUACUCUGAUACGAGUCCUGUGCCUAAGCCCCUCAUCCUAAGUUUCUGUUCUGAGGGUGUGGUGAAAGCAGGUACCAACAUCGAGCUGGAACCUGAAAGCACCAAGGGACUACCCCGCGAUGACCAUUUUGUGACCGGCAGCAAGCAAGUGAGAGGAUCAAGAUCUCCUGUCAGAGCGGAAGCUUGGACGGUUGGUCACCACGGGAGCAACCACAAUGUCGCACAUGCAAUGCAGUUGGAAUGGAAAUGUGCAGAUGCAAGUCAAAAGAUAACGAUAGGAAGAAAUCCAACAAUAUUGAUCCGAGAGGGGCCGCGAGAACCUUCGAUUUUGACCAAAGGAAAGAAAUUGGGAACGGAGAACAAAUGA